AUGUUCGGAGUUUCGUUCGACACCCCGCAGCGGGUAAGGCCCGCACGCCUGCGCCCCUCCAAGCAGCAGCACCAGCCGAAGCAAACCCACAGCAAACGGCAUCAGCAGGGGUUGUUUAUUCAAGCUCGGAAUGAAAUAGCGGGGGCAUUGUCUCCAGAACACAGCGCACUCAGUCGAUCCGAUUCUGCAGCCUCUGCAGCGGCCGCAGCAGCUGCAAAGGGAGGUCGCCUUGUUGCAGUGACCACUUAUUCCGGCUGCCUCGACGACUACUUGCUUUUGCAUUCCACCGAUGGGAGCAGCAGCGGCGGCAGCAACAGCUGUGUCGCUUCGCCCCUUAGAGGCAGCAGUGAAGAGGAGAUAAGCGCCAGUGGUAACCUACUCAGCCCUCCGCAGGAGCUUCCCCAGCAGGGAGUAGAAGAAUUCGCCACCGACAAGGUGUCUUCGCGCCAGGUCAGCCACACGCCGCCCGUCCUGCAAGAGAAGCAGCAACAGCAGCCUCAUGAGGACGAGGCGGCCGCUCGCCAACAGAGCACUGCAUCUCAGUCUCCCGAUCUGCAUCAGAAGAGCGAGGAAAGACAACAAACGAGCCAACAACGGGACGGGGGUGAAGGCCGCUUGAUUGUGCCGCCAGCCAUUGCUAAUCCUGAUGGCUCAGAGAGGCAUCAAUGGCCACAGUUCAUGAUCUCCCUGCUGCCACACAUUGGGGAGUUGCAGGAUAUCCAACGCAUUGCCGCCUUCGCUCACAGUGCUGCAGAGAUCAAAAGACUUGCAGAGGCCCCUCUAGAAGCUGUUAGCCCUGCCGCUGCCGCGCUCCAGCUGCAGCAACAGCUCCAGCAGCAACAGAGGAGGAAGCAUCCCUUACACUGGACACUCAAAGAAGGCAUCCGAACCCUCUGCAACUCGCUGAAACCCCAACAAACUACGCUUCCCCCCAUCAAGCUGCCGGUGCUUUUCCCCGAUCAGGGAGGCUGCGUGACGCCAGUGUCUGCAGGAGAAAACCGAGGUAGCAUGAACUGCAGCAACAGGGAAUGUAGCACCCCACAGCAGCCGAACAGAAGCAGCAGCACUGCCAGCAAGGCGACCACAGAAGGCCCUUUCGAGGAGGAGGUGUCUGUACAGCUGCAAGGAGGCGGACACGGCCGCGUCAUUGCCAUCACAAAGUCAAACAAUCUGCUUAUUAGGCUGCAGAGCGGAGCAAACGUUGAGGCGCACCCUUCAGAGUGCCGCUUCAUUGUUGGAGGCACCGCAGUCAACCUGCCGCAUCAACAGCUCCCCCAGCAACAGCCACAGCAAGAGCAGCAACGCGAUGAAGGACAGCUGAAGCUGCCUUCCACUAUGAGAGGAGCAGACCCUGUCCCAACAGUCUCUGAGUUGUUACAGAGGGCUGCGGCAGAAUCUGCGAGAACCCACAACACCGUCGUCCUUCCAAGUCUGGCAUCCGUGGCCCGUGUCUCAAAGACCUCGCAAACUGUUGAGGUCUUCAAGGUGAAAACCAAAACCUCAGAAGGGAAUGCAGCACAAACCGAAGCCUUCCAAGCCGUCUUCCCCGAAGAAGCAGGAAGCCGCAUGCCUACUUAUCCCACAGAGGAGGAAGAGCUUGAUAUUCCUGAGUGUGCACUAGUCUCUCCUGGAAUAUGCCCUCCGAAGGCGGCACGAGCUCUACCGGGUUCGGCGCAGGGACGAUUCAUAGGCGCGAGACCCCAAGCGAACACCUACGAUGUCAUCAGAGCUCCUGGCAUCGUUAGACCUGUCUACGACGUCGUCAAGCCCACGCCUGAAAAGCAGCCCUUCUCGCCUUUUCAGCAGCAGUCUAUGCAGUAUCAGCCGCAGCCACCACAGCAGAACCCCCUCCCCCCCUUGCGUCCUCAGCUGGCUGAACUGGCAACAUUGGCUGGGCCCAGCGGUGGACCUGCUGCAGUAGCUGCGGCACAACUCGGGGUCGUCGGAGAGAAAUGGUUUGAAGAUCUGCAGCAGCAACUUACUAGGGAAAUGAUGCAGCGAUAUGUCAACACCGCUCCCGAGGGCAUCAGGGAAAUCCCGAUCGCUCCUCAGUCCGCUUUCUCAGCCGUCAAUUUCUCGGCUCCAAGUGGAGAACGGCGGACGGCGAAGGUCCUAAGGGAAGACGCCGCAAAUGUGGAAUAUGCUCUCCCAAGCGGAUGCGACUUGUGA